UGCAUGUUUUUCAUGUUUAAACAGCAAAAAAGAAACUUUUGUGAAUAACCAACGUAAAUAUCAUAUCACCAAUGUUUACAUCAACGAAAUGGCGAAUUAUUCGUGUAAAGAAGCAGCAAACACCAUGAAACAUCCUUGAACACUCAACAGCAACAGAAAUAACUUGUAAAUAACAAUGCAAUAUUAACUCUCAAAAGUGCAUUGUAUUGCCAUCUACACUACACUACUCCAACUUCAUCUUUACUCCGCAAGAUGUCACUACCUAUCCGGUUAUUAUCACAAAUCUGCUGCAAAAUAAAAUCACAAAUCUUUCUUCUUAUCAAAAACACGUUGUGAUCUUCAGUCACGUUUUAUGCACCAAGUGCACCAUUUGUUCUGUUUAAUUUAGUCUGUAGUCUGUACUCUGUAAAUUAUUUAAAAUGUCUGCGCAAUUUAUUCGUAUAAUUUUAAUGUUAAUCUUUGCAUUUGCUUGUGCAACGGGUGAAAAACGCACAAAAACCGAUAUUCCAUGCGUUUCCGAACGCGAAUGUAAUAUGAACCACUUAAGAAACAGUGAGAACGAUGUGUCCUCGGCGUGCGUCGAUAAUUAUUGCGAGUUUAUCAUGAAAGAUUCGCGUAUAAACGCACCGGAAAUGCGUGUGGUGACCAUUUUAGACGGGCGGUGCUAUUUUAACGAAGAAUGCAACAUUGAUGGCGCUGUUUGUGAAGAAAACCUGUGCACAUGUGCGAAUCACACUGUUUCAUCCUACAAUAAGAGGAAAUGUUUAAUAGAAGCUAAAGAGAUUGGCGAUGCAUGCGUGGAAGACAUCCAAUGCAACUUUCCUCAAACCGCGUGUAGAGCAGGCAGAUGCGAUUGUUUUGCUGGUUUCGGCAUAGAUUUGGAACAAGAAGACAAAACACAAUGCAAAGAAUUAAAUGGUAUAGGUUAUGUCUGUCAAAAAGACACUGAUUGUGAAGUGGAACACACAAAAUGCAACACAAACAAAACCUGUGAUUGCAUCGAUGGAUAUUCCGCAUAUCAAAAGGAAUGCUACGAAAUCAGCGUGACGUAUCUGUCAAAAUGUGAUAGUGACAUUCAAUGUCAACACACGCUGGGGCCGGACGCCAUUUGCAUCAAUCGCACAUGUCACUGCCAAGCAAAGCAUAUUUUCAGCGUUUUGAAGAAUAAAUGCAUCGCACCAUUGAUUCCAAAUGGAUUUAAUGAUGGAAUUUCAACAUAUAAUCACGGUUUUUACCUGUUUCCAUGGUUUUCAUCUUUAUUAAUGCUCCAAAUGUUCAAUUAGUAACGAUUUUAAUCUCAUCUUGCUCGAUUUAUAUCAAUAAAUAUACCCAAUCUGUCAUUUUCUAAGAAUUUGUGUUUCACUCGUUCAUGAACGUAAUUUAGGAUGUGUGAUGUGAUAAUACACACACAUUAGUCAUUACCCACCUAUCGUUAUCAUUUCUUAUCUCUACGUUUUCACCAGUUACGUGUUUGGAGGUUUAAGCAAUCACCGAACAAGUGCGUGUGACUGCAUACGCAAACUAUCGACGAAAUUUUACUUCUAAAACAAAAAUUUACGUUUCUAACUGUAAAAAAUUAUAAAAACUAAGUAAAAACAUAAAUUUUGUAUAUUUUUAUGUAACGAUGUGUUAACUAGAGACACUUUUGUGAGAAAUACAAUGGAAUAUGAGAUAUUCAUCGAAAAAAACUCAAAAUAUCUUAAAAUGUUGUUCAUAUUGUUAAUAAUUACUCAAACAAUAUGUGUUUAUGCACAACAAGAUCAAAGUUUAGCCAGAAAAAUUGUAAGUUACCAGACGUGUAAACUAGACGCAGAUUGCAAGAUAAGUCAUAGUUAUUGUGAUGGCAACAGUGCAACAACAAACGGCUUGUGUAAAUGUGAAGAAGGAUUUAUUAUUAUUCGUAGUCGACAGUCAUUUGAUUGUGUCACACCUGCUGCUAGUGUUGAUUCUGAAUGUACCUACGAUGAACAAUGUGAAUUAGCACUCGGGAAACACGCCGAAUGUGAUGAAAGAAAGAAAUGCAAUUGUAUGCCACACGCGCAUUUCGUCAAAAGUAAAAAUUCAUGUUUUUCUACUUCAAGACUUAAUGAAACAUGUUUAUCAGAUGAUAAUUGUAUCCCAAAUCAUCCGAGUGAUAAAGUUUUCUGCACAAAUGGACGUUGUACAUGCGGAUUAAAACAAGCACCGAAUUCAGCUGGGAAAUGUGUUGUUGUGCGUAGAUUAGGCGAAGAAUGUAACAAUGAUGAUGCCUGCCUGUCAAUGAAUGCAGUUUGUAGAGUUACUUGCACCUGUAGAGUUGGUUAUGUCCUUGAAACGGACGAACGUUACUGUUUGAAAGCCGCUGAUAAAUUAUUCGAUGCCUGCACGCAGGAAUCACAAUGUCAGGAGUAUUUCCAGCAUUCGGAAUGCGUGCGUGGACGUUGUCAAUGCAAAACACAGUAUCAUCAAUAUGGAAAUAACUGUUAUAGUCCGAGUAAAAUCGGUUCGCUUUGUCGACACAAAGGUGAAUGUAUUACGAGUCCGGACCUGGAGGGACGCGUCGACUGUAUAAACUCGAUUUGUUUAUGCAAAUCGGGAUUGAAUUCGUUGUCAUGCGGGGAUAUUUCUGCUACGAGUCGAUUGCGAAAUUAUCAAGAGAUGCAAGUUAUUGCGUUGUUAUUCAGCACGUUUAUAUUUUUAUUGAUAUAAUUAAGUUUUUACAAGUGUAAAAUGUAAGUUUUAAGGUUAUUAUAGUCUACAGUAAAAGCAUGACUGUAUGGUGGGUUGCCUACAGUUAGAGAAACGCACAAGUUUAGAGUAAUUGAGCCAGCAAUGUACAAGAUAUAAAUAUAAUCGUAAAUUAUAAUUUAUUAAUUGCUACAUGCAAUAAACAUGGAGUUUUGACAUUUA